AUUAAUACUUGACAAGACUCAUCGUAAGAUCACUAUGAGGCUGUAUAUAUGUAUGACGACUAUAAUCCUCCUAGCAUUGACCUGCACAAAAGAAGUAUCAGCUAAAAAACGAAUAUGUGUAGAUGCAGUCGAUGAUCUCAAGAAAAGUCUACAAGAGGAGCUAGCAAACAUGAUGAGGGAAAUUCGGUCUGAAUUAUCAAAAUUAAAACAGGGUGAAAAUGUCAAAAAACUGACAGCUGAAGAUGUUGGUGAGAUGCAGGUAGCAAUAACUGAGCAUAUAAAAGCAAAGAAUGAACAUGGCGAAAUGCCAAGAAUUGCUGGAUUCGUCCGCCUGGCAUUCCAUGACUGUGUAGGCGGAUGUGAUGGAUGCAUUGACCUAGAAAAUGGAGACAAUGCUGGUCUAGAGGAUUAUAUAAAGAACUUAGACGAUGUAUAUGCACAAUUCUCAAGAAAACUAAGUCGAGCCGAUUUCUGGCAACUUGCAGGAAUAACAGCGCUUGCGGUCAGUGGAAAGGAUUGCCCUUUGUGUAUACAUCCUGAUAUACAGUUCACGGCAGGACGAAAAGACUGUGCAGCAUCUCCCAAAUAUGAUGGUGAAAAGAGGAAAUUCCCAAAUAAUGGUGGUCAUGCUGACAUAGAUGAUGUUUUGGGCUUCUUUGAAACAACAUUUGAUCUUCCAAGAUCGAGACCAGAAUUAGCAGUGGCAUUACUAGGGGCCCAUUCUUUGGGCAGGACACAUCUUAAUGCUUCAGGGUACGAU